AUGCCUAGGACAAGGGCGAGUUAUCUUGGAGCUUGUCAGUCCUUUGGGUGGUGUACGAGGAGAAGAGACCAACGGGUUGUUAAGGUUACCAAGAAACGGAAGGCUUACACCAGUAAGGCAAUCAUCAGCUCCUCAUCUUCGUCUUCCUCCUCCUCAUCCAGCAGCGACGAGGAGACUCCUCAAGUCUCUCCCCCCAAGAUCCUUAAGAAAACGAGUGUUGCAACUAUUAGAAAAACUAAACUUACCAAAGUAGUGAAGGCACCAGUAAAGAAGAAAUCCACUACAACCGAGGUACCCACAGUGAUACCAUCCACUACUAGCCAAGUGCCCAGACCUUCUACUGUGCCAAAACCAUCCAUACAUACUGACGUAACAUCACAACAGGCCCUUCAAAGGAUUCAGGAGGAGAGAGUAUUAAACGUUGGAGGCAGACUAUUUGAAACCUUCAAGGACACCCUGAUGAAGGACCCUAAAGGUCUCUUCCAGGAGGUAUUCGUGCUAGGUAGUGAAUUUUCCGCCUACCAGACAAACCCAGACACGUAUUUUUCCCAUUUCAGGAUAUUAUUAAACUACCUAAGAAACUCUUUGCAAUCUGAUCUAAGGACACUACCAUGUGAGCGACGGUAUUUGUACGAACUUUUUUAUGAGGCCGAGUUCUUUAAGCUUGAAGGAUUACAGGCCACCUUGUUAGAAAAGAUCCACCAGGUAACCGUCAUUGGACCCGGCCUUGGGAUCCAUAACCGGAGAUAUUUAUAA